AUGUUCGCCACCUCGACCAGUCCUCCAGAAGUUGCCCGAAAAAUGCUGUUCGAACACAGAAACAUCUCCCUCUGGCCUGAUGACCCGAACAUUGCAGCGAUUAUUGGAUACGAGAGCAUUUUUCAGAAAACCUGCUUGGCCAUCAUCAUUUGGAUCUGCUUCCCGGUCAUCCCCGGAUAUGCCAUUUCGAUCAUUCUUCGCCGUAAUAUUCUGAAACGAAUUACGAGCAACGGGGCGAUGAGUGAAAAUACGAAGAAGGCGCAGAAGGAUUUGGUUAAGGCCCUGACGAUCCAGCUAAUUCUGCCCCUGGUGAUGAUGAGCCAAGCUAGCGGAUACUUUUGGCGCCAGUUCAAGCUACCGCUCGCCGAUUACUUCCCCUACUUCGAAGAGUGGUCCUUCUUGAAUAUCGCUAUCGUGAGCCUGUUCAACCCGUUGGUCACCCUCUACUACGUAAAACCCUACCGCAAGAAGGUCAUCGAAAUGUUCCCCUUCUGCUUCAACCGGCAAAGCCGCAAAACCGCCCAGGCCGCCUACGAGGCGCAGACCAACUCCGAGAAUCCCGAUGGUCUGGCCGCUAAGACGGAAAUGCUUGUU